AUGCCCAGUCCUAGAUCACGCGUCAACAGACAGAUUCGCGCAGCGGCGGCCGGUCAAGCAUCUUCCUCGCGCAAUACCAACACAUCCACUCCUAGGACGAACAACAAUGCCAAUGAUUCUCUAACGGACAUUAGCAUUGGGAGUAAUUCUAAUAAUGCAAGUGGUAGCGUUACCAUUCCACACAAUACAAGCAUGAACUCUAAUAUACAAAAUCUAAAUGCAAGUCCGCCACGUAAUCCGAGUCACAAUCGACAUUUAUCCCAAAAUCAAGAUCCACUUGCCACGCCGAGAUCCUUUUUUAGAAACAAUACCGCGUCCGUAACACCUAGUCUGCUAUCCUCCCCACCUCCUCCUUUUAAACUACCGUUCCUCUCAAGCAAGGAUAGUCAAAAUAUAAGUAAUAGCAUUUUCGAGUCACCAGUAUUCGCAGGCUCUCCUUUUUGUGAUGGUCGCACCAGUAUCGGGAGUACUUCUAGUGGUGUUCUGGGUUCCUUUAAGUUGGAAGAUAAAUUAAGAUUAUGGAGACAAGACGCUUAUUUAAAAAAUUUGUAUGAGACAGCUGCAUUUUGGGGAAAUAAAGUGAUGUCAAUGACUGGCGAUUCAAAUGACGUGUAUUGGUUGGCUUUGGUAUAUUAUAAUAUGGGUCAGUACGUUAGGGCACAGAAAUUAAUAAAGAAUUUGAUCGAUUCGAGCGUAAUAUGUCGAUAUUUGGCCGCAAAGUGCUGCAUUAAGAUGGAAAAGUAUCAGGAGGCAAUAGAUAUUCUUGGCGAGGAAAACCCGUUUUCGAAAAAAGAAUAUAGUUCUAUCGUCAAAAAUACCGAGGGUGGCCUUCAGCUCGAGGCGUCUAUGUGUUACCUUCGUGGGCUCGCAUAUUCUCAACAGACUAAUCUUGAUAGUGCAAAAAAAUGUUUUAAAGAGGCAUUAGAACUGGACGUGAAAUGCUAUGAGUCAUUCCAUGAGCUCGUGAAUAAUCACAUGAUGUCAAGCAAAGAAGAAUGGGAAUUUAUUAAUUCGUUAAAGUUUGAGGAACAGUUGGAGAGUGAAGAAGCAUAUUUUGUUAAAAUGAAUUACAUCUCAAUGUUGAAAAAGUACGAAAAUUUAUCGGAGAUCCAAGAGGCAAGAUCGGAAUUGGAAGAGAGGUACAAAUUAUCAAAUAACGCGGAUAUAUUAAUGAGCCAUGCGGAUGGGUUAUAUGCACAAUGCCGAUUUAAGGAAUGCUAUGAGAUCACGACAAACAAGGCCUCUACCAUGGAUUCUCAUUAUGGACCAGCGUGGAUAGGAUUUGGGCAUACAUUUGCAGCGGAAUCCGAACAUGAUCAGGCUAUCACCGCUUAUUCUACAGCAGCAAAGUUAUUUCCUGGUUACUCUCAGUCGGUUGAGUACUUUAAGAAGGCACUUGCGCUCGUUGAGGAAACAAAAUGUCGGCCGCAAAUUUGGGAGACCACGUGGAUGAAUCUUGGUCACGCGUUCAGGAUGUUGGGGGAACUGGACGCCGCUGAGACAUAUUUUAAGAAAGUAAUAUCAAUGUCACCGCCAAACCAAAGUGCAUUAUCCGCUCUCGGAUACAUUUAUCAUGUGAAGGAAGAUUUUGAAGAGGCGAUCAUGUAUUAUCACGAG